GGGAAGUAGUAAUAAGUGGCUUAGUUGGUGCACAGCUGACGCCUACACGCACAGUUAGCGGCUGUGUACCAAAACGACUGCCAUGGAGAAUAACUCGUACCUGGGGAUUGAUUUAAGCACACAACAGCUUAAAGCAGUAGUAGUUGACAAUCAGUUAACUGUUCUACAUGAAGCACAGGUUCAGUUUGACAAUGAUUUGCCAGAAUUCAGGACACAUGCAGGAGUGGUACGGAAGGGCAGGGAGGUGUGGGCCUCUCCAGUCAUGUGGGUAAAAGCACUUGAUAUGCUCAUGGACAGGCUUAGAAUUUCUGGAACUCAGUUUGAGAAGAUUGCUGCAAUCUCGGGAACUGCACAACAACAUGGAUCCGUCUACUGGCAGCGUGGAAGUGAGAAAGUUUUGGAAUCACUUUCACCAGAUCGCUUCAUGCAUGAACAGUUAAGUGGCUGUUUCUCAGUGAAAGAAUCACCUGUAUGGCAAGAUUCAAGCACUUCCAAACAAUGUCAGCAGCUAGAGGCAGCUGUUGGAGGUCCAUUGAAACUGGCAGAAAUUACUGGUUCCAAAGCAUAUGAACGCUUCACUGGCCCUCAGAUUGCAAAAAUAUUUCAGACCAAGCCUUCGGCAUAUGAAAAUACAGAGAGAAUCUCAGUAGUAAGCAGCUUUGUAUGUUCACUGUUCCUGGGUCACUAUGCUCCAACAGACUAUGCUGAUGGUUCUGGUAUGAACCUAAUGGACAUUACACAGAAGAAAUGGUCCAAAAUUUGCCUUGAGGCCUGUGCUCCUGGUCUUUCUGAAAAGUUGGGGGAGCCUGUACCCUCUUACACUUUGUUGGGCCCGGUUUCUAACUAUUUCGUUGAACGGUUUGACUUCAAUACUGACUGCAAAGUAGUGGCCUUUACUGGAGAUAACCCAGCAUCACUUAUUGGAAUGCGACAAACUAAAAAUGACGUCGUCGUAAGUCUUGGCACAAGUGACACGCUAAUCCUGUGGUUAGAAAAGCCACACACCCUUCCUUAUGGCCAUGUUCUCUGCAAUCCACUCAACAGUGAGGAGUAUAUGGCACUGCUGUGUUUUAAGAAUGGAUCUCUCACAAGGGAACGGAUUAGAGAUGACUGUGCAGAGGGAUCAUGGAAUCUUUUCAAUGAGCUUCUGGACAGUACACCUAGAGGCAACUUUGGAAAUAUGGGUCUUUACUUUGAUGCACAAGAAAUUAUACCAUUUGUUCAAGGGGAUUUUCGUUACAACAAAGCUGGUGAUCGAGUGUCUAGGUUCAGUAGUAAGGAAGUAGAAGUUCGAGCUGCCAUCGAAGGACAGUUUAUAGCACGGAGAGCUCAUGCAGAAGAUCUUGGUCUUUCUGUAGGCAAUGAAAUGAGAAUCCUGGCAACAGGUGGCGCAUCAGCGAACCAAACUAUUCUUCAGGUCUUAGCAGAUGUUUUCAAUGCAGAUGUCUAUGUUUUGGAUAUAGUGAACUCUGCAGUCUUGGGGGCUGCAUAUCAAGCCAAGCAUGCUAUAGUUCAUGCGUCUGGAAGUUCCUUCAAAGAAAUGGUUUCACAUUUAGGCCACCCUCAUCUGGUUUGUCAGCCUCAUCGUGAUGCUGCUUCUAUAUAUGAUCCAAUGCUGAAACGGUACCGAAACAUAAUACAGGCAAUUACCAAUGACCAUCAAAAAUUAUAACCACAAUCUUCACCAUCUAUUUGCUAUUUCUGUGUUGAUAGCAAAUUAUUAAUACCUCAGAUGAUUUUCUGUCUACAUGAGAUUCUUGUUUGUGCAAUACUUACCACAUAAAACUGUUAGUAUUUUUUAUUAUUAAGAACACCAACUAUUUUGUUAUUGGGUUGUGCUAUAAUGUAUCUAAUAGCUACUUGUUCUCUAAGAGUUGCUUUAACAUUGUGUUCAUUUUGUAAAAAGAGAAAUUGCAACAGGACGAUAUUCAGAGUGAUCUACAUUGUUAUAUGUGUGUAAUUUCUGCAUUUAUCAUACACAUUUAUCUAAGAACUAUUUCCUAUUGCACAAUGGCAAUAUUAGUAUUUUGUAAUAUUGACAGAUUUAAAUUGGCAGCAAAAAAUUAAGAUUUGCAUUGUGAACAUGGUGUAUGUGCUAAAAGCUAACUGUAUCAUUUAAAAUGACAUAGAGGAAGUAAGAGUAAGUUUGUUUCACAUGCUGACCUGACCUUGAACUUUGUCCUUUUUUUAAAGGAAAGGCAGCUCAUUAGUUUAUUAGUUUUUUGGAGGCGAGAGGGAUGGAGGAAGUAAAGAACAAUUUCUUUAAAAAAACUUCUUUCUUUUGCAUCUUUUCCCUCAUUCUCAUAGGGUUGGCAUUAUUACUUACGGAUUUGGCAUGAUUAAUUUAAUGAGUGGCGGGAUGCCUUUCCUGUCACCACUCUUACACACUCUUACAGGUAUGUGUACCCCCGACUGCCUUCAAGUAGUGUGGAAGUGAGUAAAAGUUUCUGAAUGUUUGUGAAUUGUCUAACUGAGGUGGGACUUGGGUAGAAGCCCAGUAUUUGCCUAAUGGGAUAUGGAAAACUGCCUAAAAACCACAUCUGGACUGGCUGGCACACCAGUCCUCAUUAUUAAUCUGUCAAGCAUAUUCGAUCCCGGGGCGGCACAACUCCCUGUCCCAGAAGCGGUGCUUUAAUGCAAAUGUUACAAGAUGAUGAUCUUGUGCACUUUGGGUCCAGUUCUCAUGGGCACCCAGUAGCUGAAGGUUCUUCUUCAGUUCAAUACCUUGGUCUUCCAGUAGGAUGAGCUCUUUCAAUUAUUCCCAAAUGCACAGCUUUGGCCUGACACCUGUCUGGCCCCCUGGCAAUGUGCCCUGCCAGGCUUAUUCUCUGCUCUUUCAUUAUCUGAAUGAUGUUUAGUUGUUUCUUCAGGUCAUGCAGUUCCUGGUCUUUUUGAUGUCCAUAAGUUUUGUCUUCGCAGGAUGAUCCAAAAAUCUUUCUCAUGAUUUUCCUUUCAAAGAUCAACAGGUUCUUUUCAUUUUUUUGUGGUGCUUAAUGUUUCUGUCCCUCAUAAUGCUGCCAGUACUAUCACUGCAUUAUACACUUUAAGUUUGGUCUUAACUAACAGAUUUUUUGAUGACAUUAGGUGUUUCAGACUGAAAUAAAUUUUAGGUGCUUUGACGGUACAUUGAUCAAUUUCUGUUUCAGGUCAUUAUGCCUGCCGAACCAUGUGACAAGCUACUUAAAAGUUUCCACUCUCACUGUGUUUCAUAUUCCAACACAUAACUAGGCAUUAUUAGAGGUUUCUAUGGAUACUUUUAUCAUUUGAGCCUUCUCUUAAACAUGUCCAGUCUUAUUGGCAUUCUUUGCUAAGUUCUCUAUGGUUUCUGCCAUUCUCUCUCUGACUCCGUUGUGGCUGCCAUGUCAACUGUAUAUCCCAAUAACUGCAUUCUUCAGUUUAGCUUCACCCCUUUGCCUUCUUUUUUCAUUUCCAGAAUUACAUUCGCCGGACCAAAUUGAAAAACAAUAGGGAAAUGGCAUCACCUUGUCUCACACCUGUUCUGAUGCUGAAUUGCUUGGAUAACUUGCUGUGGUAUCUCACCUUGGCUUCUGUCUCUGCUGUCUACACUUUCAAAUGUUAAUUAAUAUCCUUGGCAUGCCAAGCUCCCUCAGUAUGUUGUACAUGCUUAAUGUGUUUAUACUAUUAUAAGACUUUGAGAAAUCCACAAAUGUAAUCAGGAAUUGAUGGUUGAAUUCUCAGCACUUCUCCCAGACUUACCUCAUUGUCAAAAUUUCAUCCACAGUUGAUCUUCCUUCCUGAAAACCUGCUGGUACUCUCCAACAAUGUCUUCAGUGAAAGGCUUCAGCUUUUCAAGAAUUAUUAGUGAUAAAACUUUGUGUGGUGUGCUUAGAUAAGAAAUACCUCAGUAAUUCCUUUUACUGUUCUUUUUGUGCAGUGGGAUAAUAGUAGCUGAUUACCACUCUUUCAGGAUCACAUCCUUUCUCUAUACUUCACUUACAAAAAUAUAUCGCUCUUUCUGAAGUGUUCCACCUUCCAUCUUUGACAUCUCUGCAAUUAUCCUGGUGCCUCAUUAUUAUUCAGUUUCUUAACUGCUCUGCAUAUGUCCUGUUGAAUUACUUCAGAUUAUUCUUUCUGUACACCCUCUGCAAUUCUUCCUUCAUGGAAGACAUUUUCAGGAUCUUCAGCAUUCAACAACUUGCCUCCACCUGUAUAAAACAUUCUCGAACAUCUUGCCAUGUCAGUUCAGGGUAAAACCUCAAGCUUAUGAUAUUUACACCAUUGUUUUCAUCAGGAGUAACUGAUUGUCAAAACUGAUUAUACAUCCCAAAGACAGCUUCUGAUUUUUUGGUAGUUAUGUCAUGGCAUUGCAGAUGGUGUCAGCAUCGGUUCUGGCAGCACCACCACUCUCAUCAUAGCAUAAACAUAGCAAAGAAUAUCUCUGGCUCUUCUCUGCAUCAAGAGCUUGCUUCCAUGCACCAAUUAGAUUAUAUCUGCCGUCUCAGUUGAAGGUCUUCUCACACUUUCAUAUUUCUACAGCCUGUUUAAAUUUUCCCAUUGAUCAUUAACACUUCUUUCAUUACUUCAGAUUUGUUAUGAACUCUGAUAUUAUUAUGCUGGUGAUACAACUCUGGAUCCUUAAGCUUCUCAACUUCAAAUUGUCUCUUGACCCUGUUGUUCCUCCUCCUUUUACAACACAACUGAAGUUGUAGUUUGUCGAGUACUAGGUAAUAGUCUGUGUUUGUAUCAGCCUGUCUGUAGGAUCUAAUACUUGUCAUAUACUUUUCGUUCAUCUCAUCUUUAUGCAUAUGAUCUGAUAGAUGGCAUUACCAGCUGAGGAAGUGCAUGUACUUUUGUGUAUCUGUUUGUGAGAGAAGGUCAUCUAGUUCACCAGAAGGUUCUGGCUAAGCCCAAAACUGAUGAGAUGCAGUCCAUAGAAAGAAAUAGGGAAAAAAUUAAAUGAAUGGGACUAUAAAUAUCUAAGAAUUAAAUACAACAACUAAAACAGACAGAUAAGAGGAAAAAAAUCGAAAUGAAUCAGUAAGAAUAAAUGUGGAAACCAAGCGAGUGCAAUAUAAAAACAAUUAUGGAAAAGAGAAUGAUCAUGUGCAUUAGGAGGGUAUUGAGUGUGUUGAAGAUGUGUGUUUCUAUAGUUAUACAGCAAGUGAAUUCACAACAAUGAAGUACCAUUACAGCAUCUGAGCCUCUUCAAUUGUGUUUGCAAAUUUACUUCAGUGAAGAUCAGUAACAAGGAAAUCCAGCUUUGUUAGUGGUAAAAGUAUUAUUCUGCAGUGAGAAACAAGAAUUUGUCAAUAUGGAGUCAGGGGAUGGAUAUUCGAGGGUGCUGGGAAUAGCUAGGAGAAUCUAGGAGAAACUUCUAGGAGAUGGAAGUAUGACAGUGUAAAUACAAAGGGAAGAGAAAAUGAAGUAAAGAUGCAGAACAUCUGUUGUAAGGUAUAAAACUAGAUAAAUUUAAAGCUGGACAGGUAUUUUGAGGAUUAAUCACUGGAAACCUUUAGAAAAAGUGGUCUAUGGUGAAAGACAAAUUAAAUUUUUUUAUUUAAUCUGUGGGUUUACCAUCUAUUUGGUGUUAGAAACAUUCCUUUUGAAAUACUGGCAAAUUCAAGUCAGAGCAGCAUGUAGCAGAAACAAUAUGAGUAACUAAUGCACCUAUUUGAUAUAAGACUGAGUUUUCAUAACAGACUAUGUACACCUAAGUUUAUAAAUGAAGGAAUCUACGAGAUUCUCAAAAUGAGAGGCAUGAUGAUGAUAAAUGCACAUAAAUCUGGCCUGUAAAUGUUGUAACAUGUGAUAUAAUGUUAUAAAUACAAGAUGUACUUGAAAACUGACCAGGGACUGUGGGGAGCUCUUACUCUGUGUCACAUCCACCUGCCAGUGACACGGAGAAAGUCAGUACUAGGUAUGAUACCCUUGCAUGGCAGUACGGGAUGCAAACGGUUCUGUAUAAGGUGGAUUAGUCUAUCCAGUAGAUAAUUCCUCUAACUGCUUGAUUGGCACCCAGUGUAAGUCAGCAUUGGUAAUGUGUUGGUGGCAUGAGGAUUGUAGUUAUUUGGCUUAGAGAACCCUAUGCAUGUUCUAAUUAACUCUGAAGAGUGUACUGUCACUCUAGAUGCAUAAUGCCCUCACAAUACAGGUAGUACUUGUCUUCUAGGCCAAUCUUAUGUAGUAAGGCAUAAUAGUCAUUCUGAUGUACGUCAGGGUUAAAUGUACGAUAAAAAGGGAACAUAAGGAAUUGCAGGGCAUCACAUCUAUAAGUUGCAACCAUCACAUUUGCCCUGUGACAUACAUGUAGUGGUAUAAGUGUUCCUGAUAUGAUGCUCUCCUAAUCCAGGAUGCUGGAAACGCCAUACUGGCCCCUUUUCACAGUUAUGGCAGGGUUUUAACACUUACCAAGGGUAAACACAUAGGAAAAGUCACUUUCUGGGCUUAAACAUAGCAGUCCCAUGGAUAGGUGACUGCCAACACUUGCUAAGUGGGCAUGGCACUGUACUCAUUGAGCCAUGUGGGGAACACAGCUGAUGAGUUGCUAACACAAAAAUAGUCUUUGAUAGCUAACAAUGAUGAUAUGAUGACCCAGAGGAUGCCGUGAUGUCUCAAGUCAGAGCUAUUGCUGUGCCGGUUUGAUGUCUGUGGGUACAUAAGGAAAAAUAACAAUUCUGGCAGUAGGCUGUGUCACAUCUUCUACACACCUAUCUCCUGGUAUCCUCUCCACAGCUGGACACAUGGGGCUUAAGGCAGCUGGAGACUUAUCUUCUAAUAAUGCAACACCAGUACAUAGUGGCAUCCAGAGGUGUUCACUAUGUCAUCCUCAUAACAUUACAUCUUAAAUAGUGUGUGUUAGACACACAAAACAUGGAAUUAGAAUCACUAUAUCUAAGUGAUACAGAGUCACAUGAUACAUCACAUGAUUUCCUCCCUACUAUCCUGGCACAGUUUAGUCCAUCACGAUGAAAUAUUUUUUAAUGGAACUCAAAGAACCCUUUAUUUAUGGACACGAGUGUAUUUUAGGAUUCUAGCUUUUAACUGUUAUAUUUAAACAAUGGUUGUGAAAUUUUAUCACUCUAAAUUCUCCAUAGUUUCUAGACAACUUGUAUUUAUGGAGUAGCUUGUGAAGUGGUCUUUUUUAACUUUAGUUUUUAAUUGAUUCAUUGUCUUAUUGUGAUAGAUCUCACAGAGAAGGAUAAUUUUGAGAUUGUUUUAUAACAGCUUGAUAUCAGUUUUUGUGUUUAAGUGUGCAAUGUGAAAGCUAUAUAAUGUAAUAGUAAAAAAAAAGUAUUCCAAAUAUUGCAAAAUAUUUCUUUGCUUCAAGUACAUGAUGUGUGUUGAGGCAGAAACUUAACUACAG